AUGGCUUCUUCAUCCCAAACUCCGAUUCCUCCCAACCCGACUCGAUGGAAGCCCAAUGUCGAUCCUGCUUCCAUCAUCAUUCCUGGCUUGGACACGACUGCUUCAGCGAUAGAUCAAAUUGAGCAAAUUGAACAGCUCAUUACCAUCAAGCUGCAGAACAUAGACGAGAACUUUUCAAGAAUUCACAAUGUUCUUGCAAACAAACUCCUACCUGCGGUGAAACGAUAUUCGGUGGGGACGGAACCCGUUAGAGAGGCGGCGAAGUUCUGGACAUCGUUCUACGAACAAGCUGCACAAAUACGAAUACCAACAUAUGACGACUAUUCGACAGUGAAUGAAGUCCCUUCUGAACGGGAUGAACACUCUACUCAAGAGCACACAAGCCAUGAAUCCCGAGACCAAUUGACACCCUCACAAGCUGUAUACGAACCUAGCGUCGUCACCAGCGAAACCUCAUUUUUACCUGGCCAAGGUGCCAUCUCCUCAACACCUGCCACGGCUCGGCUGGCCAGCGUACACGAUAGUUUUGCUAGCCAGGCAUCAGAGGAGCCGUCAUGGUCUCGUUCUCUGGAAUCCCCUCUGGUCCGCCUCAACCGAGAAAUAAGCAAUCUCAACCAGCCAGAAGAGAGUAUGACGCCGUCUACAUCUCAAUCCGUUGACUCGUUGAUAGAUGAAGACGAAUCAAACGUCACACUCCAGCAACAUACAAGCCAAAUCCCUCAGUCGAACAAAGGGAAGGGCAAGGAAACCCAGCCAUUGCUCAAGAACCUUCUCCGGCACAAUUUAUAUUCUGCAAGCGACUCCUCGUCUUUUGAAAGCAGCCUGAAGCCGGUCUCGCCUCUGAAGUUCCGAGGAAAACCCAAAACACCAACGAUCAACAAGACGCUCAAUCCAUACCUCUCUUCAGCCGGGUCCUCCGUGAACUGGAGCGGGGUUGUCGAUCUCCGCGAUCCGUCUGUGCUUACACCACAGAAACAUCGGCCAGGAAAACCAGGCCCUAGCAAGACGACAACACCACGCCCCGAAGAGGACACGGACGACGAGUCGUUCGAUGGCCUACCUCCAGGCAUGUCGCCGCCUGUGCUCAUGUCCCCAGCGCGUCCUCCACGUUCCUCCGCCGAACUAGGGCUGCUCAAGCUAGGGCAAACGCCCUCGAAAGACUUCUCAGCGCGCAUACAGCGCGACAUCCUUCGAAGCGCACAGCGUCAGACCGCCCACCGAGUACCCCAUGCUCAUGACCAUGCCCGGCGUGAGCCUAGCACGAGCAUGAGCACGAUAACGACCCCGCCGUCCCUCUCACGGUACAAGCGGCCAGGCGAGAACAGCACCACGAACAGCAGCGUGACGAAGGACGAGAGUCUGGAGAGCAUGAUCCGGCACAUUCGCAGCGACAUCCGCUCGGGCAUCGGCGCAACACCGGGGGCUUCGACGACGCCUGGCUUGCGUCUACGCCCGCGCGCAGCGUUCACGAAGAGCGGUGCUGCACCGCCGCCCACACCGCCGUCGAUACAGGCGAGGCCGAUGGAGCAGCCGCAUUUCCCGCCUCCUGCUGCGCGAAAGCCUGAUCCGCCGUCGGAGCCGGCGACGCCGCUCUUUGAGCAUGUUCAGCAGCAUCAGCAAUUGCAGGAGGACCUCGACUCGGACUCGGACUCAAUGGACGAGAUCAACAACACAGCGCAUCCCUCUGCUGCCUUCCUCAUGGCCUCGCAGAGGGCGACGUAUGAUGACGACUCGUUCGGUUCGUCCAACCACUCAAGCGACUCACUCGUGGACGAGGUCGUUGACCCCGGCGUCGUCCCGGUACAUCCAUUCGCCGCCGGGGAAUCUGUGGAAGAUGACGGUUUCGACGACGAUUUAUCCGAUGACGGGCCAGGUGUCCGAGGCGCCUACCAGGAAGAGACGGUCUUUGGUGCGCCGCCUGCUCAGCGGGGCCAGGCGUCGCGUCAGAGUGAUGGUCAGGGCUUGCGAAUGCUGGGUGAGGAUUUGUUGCAGGAUACGAUUGGGAUCGGAGCGCAGAUCGCCGCCAGCGGUCGCAUUGAGGAGAGCCCGACGCCUGCUGCUUGGGCGCGUUAG